UGCGGACGGGGUUGGACGCGUGUGUUUGACUUCAUGUGUUUUAUAUAUAAAAAGUCGGAUUGCAGUGCUGUGUUUCUGUGCCGUGAUGUGUUAGAGAUUCUGAUGCUGCAUUGCAACGUUCUAGCUACCUCUGUGUGUUAGUGACGAUGUGUGAACGGUGAAUAACACUAACGCGCGAUGUGGCGCGCUAUAAUAUGUAUUCUGAUCGCUGCGGCGGCGGCAGAGCACGUCCGAGAGUUUAGUGUGAGGGAAAACGCUCGCGCCGGGACCUUCGUCGGUCACCUCGGAGACGAGCUUCCGGACGCCGCCCCACCGUACACGAUAGUCCCUGUACUGGGCAGCGCCGUCAAUGAUGACCUCAAGAUUGAUGCCCACACGGGAGAAAUAAGGACUAGAGUGCCCUUAGACAGAGAGAACAGAGACCAUUACGCUCUCGUCGCGAUACCGGCUAGCGGUGAUAACAUCCGUGUUGUUGUACGAGUGUCCGAUGAAAAUGAUAACUCACCCACGUUCCCCACAUCGGUUAUGAACGUGGAAUUUUCGGAGAAUACUCCUAGGGAUGUAAAGAGGAAGUUAAAUCCAGCCAAAGACCAGGAUUUAGGAGUGUUCAAUACGCAGAGAUACAAUAUUGUAUCCGGAAAUACCGAUAAUGCGUUCAAACUGUCUUCACACAGAGAGAGGGAUGGCGUCUUAUAUUUGGAUCUCCAAAUUAAUGGUUUUCUUGACAGAGAAACGACAGACCACUAUGAGUUAGUGAUAGAAGCUCUAGAUGGAGGCACUCCACCUCUUAGAGGGACGAUGACUGUAAAUAUAACAAUUUUAGAUGUAAAUGAUAAUCCUCCUGUGUUCGCUGAAAGUGCAUAUUCAGCGAUGAUACCAGAAAACGCAACAGUCGGUACCACAGUACUGAAAGUGUUUGCGAUAGACUCAGACGAAGGUGAAAACGGUGUGAUAGAAUACUCAAUAAAUAGGAGACAAAGUGAUAGAGACAAUAUGUUCAAAAUAAAUCCAGAUACAGGUGAAAUUAUUGUAAAUAAACUCUUAGAUUUCGAGACCAAAGAACUUCACGAGUUAGUCGUCGUCGCUAGAGAUAAGGGUGCUCAGCCUCUAGAGACCACUGCGUUCGUGUCAAUACGUGUCACCGACGUUAAUGAUAAUCAGCCCACAAUAGAUGUUAUCUUCUUAAGUGACGACGCCACACCUAAGAUAUCAGAGUCCGCUCAGCUGGACGAGUUCGUAGCAAGAAUAUCUGUUCACGAUCCGGAUUCUAAAACCGAAUACGCUAAUGUCAAUGUUACUUUGAACGGUGGCGACGGACACUUCGAUUUACGGACGCAUGAUAAUAUAAUUUAUUUAGUUGUGGUAGCUUUGCCUCUCGAUAGAGAAUCUCAGUCCGCUUACACUUUAAACGUGGUAGCCACUGACAAAGGUUCGCCUCCGCUACACGCGUCUCGUAUCAUAACUCUCUUGGUGACGGAUAUAAAUGAUAAUCCCCCAACUUUCCUUGAGAGCGAGUAUAAAGCAAAUGUCCCAGAAGCAGCAGCGCCCGGCACUCCUGUGCUGCAGGUGUCCGCUUUCGAUGCUGAUGAAGGAGAGAAUUCCGAAAUAAGGUAUUCCAUACUCCCAUCACCGCAAUCCGAUUGGUUUUCUAUUGAUGAGCGUUCUGGUCUGGUAACGACACGUGUUCGCGUUGAUUGUGAAACAAAUCCGAUGCCUAAGUUAACGGUAGUGGCGAGUGAUCGCGGCAAUCCUCCUUUGUCGUCCACCGCGACCUUGUUAGUGACAGUGCUAGAUGUAAACGACAAUGAGCCGAUCUUCGAUCAGUCCUUCUACAACGUGACGGUUCCAGAGAAUGAAGCCGUCGGCAGCUGUAUUCUAAAGAUGUCAGCGAUUGAUCCUGACUGUGGCGUAAACGCUAUUGUCAACUACACUCUGGGAGAUUUCCUAGCACGCCAGUUUUCUAUCAAGGCUGAUUCAGGAGAGCUUUGUGUAUCAGCACCACUGGACUAUGAGGCAAAUUCAGACUACGAGUUCCCUGUUAUUGCCAGUGAUAGAGGGGGCCUGUCCACGACCGCAAUGGUGAAGAUUCAACUCCUCGAUAUAAACGACAAUGUUCCGGCCUUCACAGUGAAAGAUUACAACGUCUCUCUGAAAGAGGGAAGGAUAUCUAGCAACGAGCCUAUAGUGGCUGUAACAGCCGAUGAUGCCGAUUCAGGCAGAUUCGGGACCGUCACGUACAGAAUAGUCAACGGGAACGACAAUGAUGUAUUCAGAAUAGAUAGAAGUACCGGAGAGAUAUUUAUAACAAAACCUUCGUUGAUACAAGCCAGUGGAAAGUUUGAUUUAGAGAUAUCAGCAACGGAUGGAGGCGGAUUAGCAGCACCACAAGGAGCCACCGUCCACGUCAACGUUAUUCCCGCUGGAGUUGGUUCAGCAUUGUUUGAUAAACCCAGAUAUAAUUUCCGCGUGCGAGAAGAUGUUAGAAGCGGAACCAUCGUUGGAAAUCUUAAGGCCACGGCUGGCGGCAAACAACUAGUGCGCUAUAGCAUUAUAUCAGGCGAUAUUGACAAUCACUUCACUAUAGAAACACAUACAGGGGCCAUUAGGACUUCAAAGUCAUUAGAUCGGGAGACAACAUCGUCCUACUUAUUAAAUGUUAGAGCUGCCACAGGAAACCCGCCAAGCUAUGACCAGACUCAGGUACAAAUAACGUUAGAAGACGUUAAUGACAACGUACCAGAAUUUGGCACUUCGUCAGUUAGAGUGUCAGUGGCAGAAUCAGCACAAAUUGGUUCUAUUGUGUAUGCUGCGAGGGCAACAGACGAAGAUGAAGGAAAAAAUGGAAUGGUCACCUACCAACUGGUGUCAGCCACCGGGCCCGCUAAUACUUUUGCUGUGAAUUCACAACAUGGAUUGGUUACGUUGUUAAGAUUAUUGGAUUACGAAAAUCUUGUACGUCACACAGUAAUAAUAUCAGCUCAAGACAGUGGGAAUCCUCAGCUCAGUGCUAACCUGACUCUUGUCGUUGAUGUCCAAGACAUUAAUGACAACAGUCCAGUAUUCGAGCACGACACUUAUACCGCUAAUGUCUUAGAAUCAGAUGCUGUUAAAACUAAGAUAUUAGAAGUACAAGCUAUAGACAAGGAUACUGGUAACAAUGCUCGCAUAACCUAUCGCGUGGUAUCAGAGAAUAAUACAAACGAAGAGCAUUUCAAAGUCCAGCCUAGUACGGGUUGGGUUUACCUCGCUAAGGCACUCGAUAGAGAGUCGAUAGCUAAACACAAAAUGACAAUAAUAGCAACAGACAAUGGUAUCCCACCGCUGUCAACGACUGCAAGCCUUAUUGUCAAUGUUGUGGAUGCUAAUGAUAAUGAUCCAGCGUUCUCGCAGGCUUCUUAUGAAUUUCUCGUUGAGGAAAAUCAAAAAGUUGGUGCUUUCGUAGGAAAAAUCUCAGCCACUGACGCUGAUAUAGGGGACAAUGCUGUUAUUAAAUACAGCCUGUUUCCAUCUAAUACCAGUUUCGUUGUCAAUCCCUCUACAGGUGUUAUUACAGCGAAAGAAGUUUUAGAUAGAGAAUACAAAAAUACUUAUUUACUUUUUGCUGAAGCAAGAGAUCAGGGGACAUUGCCCAAGUCGGUUCGUGUUCCAGUGACGAUUAAAGUAACAGAUGUUAAUGACAACUCUCCUGAAAUAAUAGAUCCAAGAGAAGAUGUAGUUAGUGUGAGGGAAGAACAACAACCAGGUGCAGAAGUUGCCAGAGUCAAAGCUAUAGAUAGAGAUAACGGUAUUAAUGCCUCUGUAUUAUACUCCAUUUUAAAUGAAAGAGAUAUGGAUGGAUUUGGAGUAUUCGUUAUUGAUUCAAAUACAGGUGUUAUAAAAACAAGCACUGUAUUGGACCAUGAAGAAAGAUCAAUUUAUCGACUAACUGUAGCAGCAACAGAUGGCGGAAAUCCACCAAGGCAAACAGUAAGACAGUUAAAAGUUGAAGUUUUGGACUUGAAUGAUAAUCGUCCAACAUUUACAAGUUCCAGUUUGACUUUUAAGGUAAGAGAAGAUGCAGAAGUCGGUCACGUAGUAGGUAAAGUUGUAUGCUGUGAUAGCGACAUAAACGACAACAUUAUUAGUAAUGAUGAAGAAAAACAGAUAUCAUAUUUACUUAUGCCUCUUACAUCUGACCACUUACCCGGCACCUUUGAAAUAGACAGAAGAACAGGUUCUUUGGUCGUUGCGAGGAAAUUAGACAGAGAAAUACAGGAUGAAUAUAGACUCGAAGUGAGAGCUUUAGAUACAUCGGCUACAAAUAAUCCUCAAAGUAGUGCUGUAGCAAUACGGAUCGAAAUAGUCGACGUUAAUGAUAAUGCUCCUGAGUGGCACGAGGACCCCAUAAACAUAGAUAUAUCAGAGAUAACAAAUAUUGGUUCUACUAUUUACAAUUUUUCCGCAAAAGAUGCUGAUUCGGGUUCAAAUGGAGAAUUAAAUUUUCAUAUAAUUUCAUCACAACCUGUUUCAAAUAAUGUUUUCAACUUAGAUUCCCUUACUGGCACCCUUACUUUAAAUUCUCAUCUCGAUUUUGAGAUAUUAAAAGAAUAUUGGUUGGUUGUUGAAGCUACAGACCUUGCAACUAACAUUUCUGAAAGAUUAGUAACUUCUGCGACGGUUCAUAUUUCUGUUCUGGAUGCUAAUGACAAUACUCCUACCUUUGUAUCGGCGGAUAAAGUAUCGGUAACAUUAAACACUUUAUCCGGUACCCUUUAUCAAGCCUUGGCGGUCGAUAGUGAUUCCGGGGAGAAUGGGAGACUAUCGUAUUACAUAUCUGGAGGCAACGAUUAUGCUUAUUUUUCUAUGGAAUAUGAUACAGGAAAGUUGACUUUGACAAACAAAUUUUCUUCUGAUAUAUCAAAGGUGAGGCCAGGAGCCUAUAAGCUUAAUCUGACAGCAUCUGAUCAUGGGGUCCCUUUCCCAAGGCAAAGCCACAUGAGUUUGUUAUUAACUCUACAAGAGUCAACGAAUGUCCCACCGAGAUUUACCGAUUCCUAUUAUAGAGCUAAUAUCAGUGAAGACAUUCGUCCUGGUAGUUUUGUAACAAGACUUUCAGCUAAAUCAUCUCGAGGAAAUACAGGUGCCCUAAAUUUCAUGAUACCAACAAGUAUGGCUGGAGAUAAAUUUUCAAUCGACGAACGUCUUGGUACUGUUACUGUUAAAACUAAAAUAGACAGAGAAGAAGCGGAUCAAUACAUAUUUCCAGUGUAUGUUACUGAUUCGAGUACUUUUCAAUCGACAGCCAAUUUUGAUGUUGCAACUGUAUCUGUGAAUGUAUUGGAUGUUAAUGAUAAUUCACCGUCAUUCAAAAUUGGCUCUUGUUAUACUUUAACUGUACCAGAAAACAAUGAACCAGAAGUAAUACACACUGUAACAGCUACAGAUAAAGAUAUAGGAGCUAAUGGCGUUAUCACGUACAGCAUCUCAUCUGGUAACAAUGGAAAUAAAUUCACAAUUGAUGCUACAACCGGGAAACUAACAGCCAAAACGUUAGAUCGCGAAACGCAGGCAAAAUAUGAUUUAACAAUUGUUGCGUAUGAUCAUGGCUCUCCAGUGGCCUUACAAGGAGCUUGCAAUUUAACAGUUAUGGUAGAAGAUCAAAAUGACAAUGAUCCCGUAUUUGAUACUGGUCAUUAUUCCGCCACUAUUCCUGAAGAUGCACCCAUCGAUACAUCUAUUAUAAAAGUUAGGGCAACAGAUGCUGAUUUGGGAUUCAAUAAACGCAUUGUCUAUUCUCUUGCUAAUGAGAGUCAAGGAUUAUUUAGGAUUGACAAUAAAAGUGGCGUAAUUUAUACCACAGGUUAUUUUGACCGGGAGAAAACAAGUAUUUAUCAUUUUGAGGCUGUUGCCACCGAUCAAGGACGCUAUAUAGCUAGAUCACAAAGAGUUUCGGUAGAAGUAAUAAUCAACGAUGUAAAUGAUAACAAACCUAUAUUCACCAAAUAUCCUUUUAGAGAACAAAUGGCCACAUUAACCCCGCCCGGUCAAAGUUUGCUGCGAGUUUCUGCAACUGACAAUGAUAUAGGAAUCAAUGCCGAAAUACUUUAUGAACUCUUGGAUACAUCCAGCAAUAAAUUUAGGAUAAAUCCAACUACAGGAAUUUUGACUGCUACACAAAGUCUAGCCAGUGAAAAUGGUAAACUUAUACAUCUUAAAGUAAUGGCUAAAGAUAAAGGAAGUCCACCCCAGAGUUCUGUAGGUCUCAUAGAGAUUAGGGUUGGAGAUUAUAAUGAUCAAAAUCCAAGCUUGACCUUUCAAAAUAAUACAUAUAACAUAACGCUAGAAGAAGGUUCUGCAUAUGGAAAGGAAAUUUUACAAGUAACAGCGUUACGCAGUGACGGUAGGCGUCAAAGGAUUAUUUAUGAAUUCGGCAAUGGUAAUGAUCAGUACGAGUUUGAAAUUGACUCUAACACUGGUGUCAUAAGAGUAAAUAAUUCAGCUAAUCUAGAUUACGAAUCCUAUCCGGGACCAACUAGGAAACUUGUAGUGGUUGCUCGAACAGAAGGUUCUCCUGCCUUAUAUGGGUACUGCCAAGUAAUAGUAAAUCUUUUGGAUCAAAACGACCACGCGCCAAGAUUUACACAGCAACAAUAUAUAGCAAAUGUACUUGAAGGAAAUACAAAAGGUGAAUUUGUGGUACAACUAUCAGCAAAAGACGGGGAUCGUGGAGCAAAUGCUCGAAUACUUUAUCAUAUCGUAGAUGGAAAUCACGAUAACGCUUUUAUAAUUGAACCUGCUUUCUCGAGUUCAGUUAAAACUAACAUCGUUUUGGAUCGUGAAAUCCGCGAGACCUAUAAGCUGACUGUCAUAGCGACGGAUGAAGGGAACCCUCAAAUGACCGGUACCGCCACUCUACGUAUCAACGUUGUGGAUAUAAAUGACAAUCAACCAACAUUCCCACCGCCAAAUGUCAUUUCUGUAUCAGAAGGAACGGAAGUCGGCUCGGUGCUUACAUCUGUUACGGCAAACGAUGUUGACACAUACCCAGCUCUAAAGUAUGCAAUUGUUGAUGGAGAUAACACUUUUUCUAUAGAUAGAUAUAGCGGAAAGAUUGUUUUGAAUAGGCCACUAGAUUACGAGAACAAAAAAGUAUAUGAAGUCAAUAUAAGCGCUUCGGAUGGCGAGCACGUUGCUAGAACUACGCUGACAAUAAAAAUAACUGAUAUCAACGAUAACACACCCGUAUUUGACGACAUAACCUACAAUAGAGUUUUACCCGAAGGCAGCGGAAUCUUAGAGAUAGGUUGCGUCAGUGCAAAAGAUAUAGACAGUGAAGAGAAUGGCAAGAUUACUUACAGUAUUCUUGAUCCAACCCCUGGUUAUUAUAUUGAUGCUGAGACAGGAGUUCUAUUUGUCAAUUAUAGUGCCUUACCAGGAAGUAAGAGGGAUAAGCAAAUACCUGUUAUAGCCACAGACCACGGCAAGCCGAAUAGAAGCGCUGUGGCAUCGUUUCGAAUAAGUACUGGGGCUUCAUCCGAAAUCAAACCAUUUAUCGCACAGGACACAUACAGAAUCUCAGUUAGUGAAGACUCUGAAAAAGGAUCAACACUUCUUCAAAUUGGCGGAAUUAAUGAUAUUUUAAAGAAAUAUAAUCUCGACUUCCAUAUAAUAUCUGGUAACGAAGGAGACAUGUUCGACGUAACAUCGGAAGGGACUUUGGUUUUGGUGAAUAGAUUGGAUAGAGAAACACAAGAUUCCUACAUUAUCGGUCUAGCCGCUGUUGAAAAAGGAAAAAUUAUGUCAUACAGUCAAAACAAAUCGUCUAUAACGAUUUACGUUACUGUUACAGACGCCAAUGAUAACGCACCUGUAUUUUCUACAAGUGACUUCGACCUUUCUGUAAGCGAGGAUGUCAAAAUUGGUCAUACGUUAACUCAGUUAACGAUUAACGAUGCUGACUUAUAUGGAACACCUAAUUCCGCUGUUGUAUUUAAUAUUACAUCCGGAGAUGAUAAUAACUUGUUUUAUAUACACCCUACAACUGGAUCACUAACAGUAAAUAAGUCACUUGAUUAUGACACUGGGAAAUCUAAACACAAGCUUAUAAUUGUUGCGUGUGAUUUAGGUACCCCAUGUCUUUGCAACGCGGUUUUUAUUAAGGUUCAAAUUCUUGAUGAAAACGAUAAUACACCAACGUUUCCCGUAAGUGAAUAUUUCGAAACAAUAGGUGAAAAUGAGCGAGUAGGAACUUCGGUAUUCACGGCCAGAGCUACCGAUUUAGACAAAGGCAAAUAUGGCAUAUUAAAUUACUCUAUAGAACCAAUGUCUAGUAAUUACAAUAGAAAUGACGAUUCUUGGAAAAUGUUUCAAAUAGACCCAGUUACUGGACUUGUUAAUACUAACGCGGUCUUCGAUUACGAACAGAAAAAUAAAUACGAGUUUUCUAUUAAAGCUUCCGAUCUGGGUGGUAAAAGCUCAUCCGUAAAAGUAAGAAUUGAUGUAGAGAGCCACGAUGAAUUUUAUCCUCAGUUUACACAGAAGACAUACAACUUUGGAGUGCCAAAGUCUGGUUCAUUGCCAGCUGGAUAUAUCAUUGGACAAGCAACAGCAACAGACAAAGAUAAAGGAAUUGAUGGUCGAAUAGUAUAUCAAUUAUCAACUUCACAUUCAUACUUCAAAAUUAACAGAACUACGGGUGUCAUCAUUUUAAAGAAGAAGGUGGAUUCAGUUCAAAGCUUGUUUGGUUCAGACAAAUCUAUAAGUUUGGUUAUUACCGCUAGUUCUGGAAGACAAGGCUCCUUAACGAACAAAACUGCCGUAGAGAUAUUAUUAGAUCCAUUAGCAAUAGUUUCUGAUCAUCCUAAUAUGGUAAAUGAUACAUCCGUAUCACAGAGCAGUGGAUUAUCAGAUUGGGCAUUGGGAUUACUCAUUGCAUUUAUAUUUAUAAUUAUUAUAUUCGCUGCUGCAUUUUUGUUUUUACAUAUGAAAAACAAAAGACAUAAAAAAGUUAAUAAGCCUGGGCUGAAUUCAGAAGGAGUCGGGGCUACAAAUAGCUAUGUGGAUCCAAGUGCUUUUGACACCAUACCCAUAAGAAAUACUGGUCCCGUUACUUCUGCUAAUCAAUUUGCACCUCCAAAAUAUGACGAAAUACCACCAUACGGAGCACACACGGCAAGUUCAAAUUCUGGUGCAGCAACUACUUCUGAACUUUCCGGGUCAGAUCAGUCAGGUUCUAGUGGGCGAGGGUCAGCUGAAGAUGGCGAAGACGGGGAAGAUGAAGAAAUAAGAAUGAUUAACGAAGGUCCCCUUCAGAGAGAGUCUGGUAUUCAUAGACAAGUCGGCGGCGUUGAUGACGAUAACCUUUCAGAUGUUUCUGUACAUAACACUCAAGAAUAUCUUGCUAGACUAGGAAUUGUUGAUACAGGGACCGGUGGAGGUGCUUCAACGUCAUCGAGGAGAAACGAUAAUGUUGGUAAUAAAGAGACUAUGCUUCACCAUGGUGCUAUAGACUCUAUGCAUAUAUUUGAUGAAGAUGGAGCACAUGAAAAUGAUAUUACCAAUUUAAUAUAUGCUAAAUUAAAUGAAGUCACUGGAAGUGAAAGGGCCAGUAGUGCCGAUGAAACUAGUGCAGCUGUCGAUAGAGCAAUGGCGUUAGGAGCUUUUUCAAGCGCAGCUGGUGAAAAUACAGCUGUACCUACAGCCGGACCAUCUAUGACGGGUAGUUUAAGUUCUAUUGUCCACUCAGAAGAAGAAUUAACCGGUAGUUAUAAUUGGGAUUACUUACUCGAUUGGGGACCCCAAUAUCAACCAUUAGCUCAUGUAUUCUCAGAAAUUGCUAGACUUAAGGAUGAUGCUGUCUCAUUACAAAGUGGAAAUAGUGGUACUUCAAGUGCUAAAAGUAAAGGAACUUCUAUAUCUGGAGGAAAAAGUGUUCCUCCUCCGUUAUUAACGACGGUAGCGCCAAGAAGUUGCCCGGCUCCUUCGUUGUCAUGUAGACAACCACAACACCUGUUGCCUAGGUCACCUAUUAGCCAUGAUGUUUCUGGUGGUUUUUCAGCAGCGGCUGCAAUGUCCCCAUCUUUUUCACCUUCAUUAUCACCACUAGCUACACGUUCACCAUCAAUGUCACCCUUGGUAGGGCCAGGCUUGCCACCAGCACCGGGAAGUAGAAAACCACCUCACUCAACGAUUAGAAUGUAGUUAUGUGUUUAAAAUUUUGUAUUAAAUAAUUAUAAUUUGUAUAUAUCAUAUUGAUACACGACUGUUUGCCUUAUAAGUAUUGAUGUAAUAGUAUUUAUUUAAUGCCGAUGUAAUCGGAUUAGUUCUUUAAAUUAACGUCAUUUUGUGCAUGUUUUUGUUUGUAUUUUACUUCAUUUGAUAAUGUGCUCAAAGUGAUUAUAAGUGCCUAUUACCGAUUUUACGGUAAAUGUAAAUAAUGUCUUCAUUCGGGUUAUAACUUUAAUUGUAUAUAUUAUAAUGUAUAGUCUAGUGCCUUGUAAAGAAUUAAAUGAAGACUGCCAUGUUAAUGAUAUUUGUAGCACAAACGAAACAGCUUUACUGUAAGCUAUAAGACUACUUUAGGUAUCCCCAUUUAACUGUAAGCUUUACUUGACUAUUGAAUAUCCUUUAUUCAUAAUAGAAUAAAAAGAAAUAAAAAAAAAACACUCAAUUCAUUGUUAUAAAAAACAUUAAGAUAUUUCUAUACUCUCCAUGUUGGUAACAGGAAUUAUUAGUAGACGUAUAUGUACUGUGAUUUUCGUUUAAGUAUCGAAAACUCCUAAAAUGAAUAACCUCAUUUAAAAUAAUUUGUAUUUUAUUAGUUAUUUGGUAUUUUCGCAAUCUUCCGUAAUGAGCAUUACCUACUUUUGUUAAAUAUUAACAUUGACAAAUUAUUUUAGAUGGAGUUGAAGUAUUGUAAAUAUAUUUUCUUAAGAAUAAACGACUGUCUGAGAUGUUUACACAAAAAUAAACAAAAUGUACAAUUU